CUCUGAACGUUCUUCUCGUUAAAGAACUACAACUCCCAUGACAAGAGCAAAAAGGGGCAGAGACGUUAGAGAGGCUGAAAAGAAAAUUAUCGAUAUGGUUCAGCGGAGGAUUCAACGCUGUAGCUGUCAAUUACAGAUAUGACUGAAGGAACGCACCUGCGGAGGCGAGGGGGCCCUUACAAGAGCGAUCCAGCCACAGACCUGAGCCGCUGGAGACUGACGAAUGAUGAGGGCAGACAGACGUGGCGCUACGUGGAGGAUCAGGACACCCUGGACAGAGAGCAGACAAUGUUGGAAGCUCAUUCUCUAGGAUUGGACACAAGUAAGUUUGUGUCUGGCUCCCCAGCUGCUCACACGGCUGUAGAUGCAGCUCUGAAAGGGAUGCACUUCUACAGCCACCUGCAGGCUGAGGACGGUCACUGGGCAGGAGACUAUGGUGGACCUCUCUUCCUGCUCCCAGGUCUGCUGAUCACAUGUCAUGUGGCUAAGAUUCCUCUGGCCGAGGCCUGGAAGAAGGAGAUGGUGAGGUACCUGCGCUCUGUUCAGCUGCCAGACGGAGGCUGGGGUCUACAUAUUGAGGACAAGUCGACCGUCUUUGGCACAGCGCUGAGUUACACCUCAUUAAGGAUUCUGGGAGUUGAGCCUGAUGAUCCAGAUAUGGUUCGAGCCAGAAACAACCUGCACAGCAAAGGCGGAGCUGUGGGGAUUCCCUCGUGGGGUAAAUUCUGGUUGGCCAUUUUAAAUGUCUACAGUUGGGAGGGAAUGAACACGCUGCUGCCAGAGAUGUGGCUGUUCCCCACCUGGAUGCCAGCCCACCCCUCCACCCUGUGGUGUCACUGUCGUCAGGUGUACCUUCCCAUGAGUUACUGUUAUGCUGUCAGACUGGCUGCAGAGGAGGACGCUCUAAUCCUGAGCCUCAGAGAGGAGCUUUAUGUCCAGGACUAUUCUACCAUUAACUGGCCCGCUCAGAGGAACAAUGUGGCAGCAUGUGACAUGUACACACCUCACAGCACACUGCUCUCCGUCGCCUACAUGGUGUUAAACGUGUACGAAGCCCACCACAGCACCACGCUGAGAGGAAAGGCUGUCAAAGAACUGUAUGAACACAUCCAGGCUGACGACAGCUUCACUAAAUGUAUCAGCAUUGGACCGAUCUCCAAGACCAUCAACAUGCUGGUUCGCUGGUAUGUGGACGGUCCCUCCUCACCGAUCUUUCAGAAGCAUGUGUCCAGGAUCCCCGACUACCUCUGGUUGGGAUUGGAUGGCAUGAAAAUGCAGGGGACGAAUGGAUCUCAGCUGUGGGAUACUUGCUUUGCUGUGCAGGCUUUCCUUGAGGCAGGAGCCCAGGAUAACCCCAGACUUGCCCAGUGCCUCAAAGAUGCCCAUCAGUUUCUCACCAUCACACAGAUACCUGAGAAUCCUCCUGAGUACCAGAAGUACUACAGGCAGAUGAACAAGGGAGGUUUCCCCUUCAGUACCCGUGACUGUGGUUGGAUCGUGGCUGACUGCACAGCUGAGGGCCUGAAGUCAGUGAUGCUGCUGCAGGAGCUCUGUCCCUCCAUCGACCAGUCUGUCACCUCAGAGCGCCUUUAUGAUGCCGUAAAUGUGCUGCUGAGCAUGAAAAACUCCGACGGUGGAUUUGCCACAUAUGAAACUAAGAGAGGAGGGAAACUCUUGGAGCUGCUCAACCCGUCCGAGGUGUUCGGUGACAUCAUGAUAGAUUAUACCUAUGUGGAGUGUACCUCAGCAGUGAUGCAGGCGCUGAGGCACUUCCAGAAGGUCUACCCUCAACACCGUGCUGAGGAGAUAAGCUGCACUCUAAAAGAAGGACUGGAGUACUGCAGGAAGGUGCAGAGGCCUGAUGGCUCGUGGGAAGGGUCCUGGGGAGUGUGCUUCACGUAUGGAAUAUGGUUUGGCCUUGAAGCCUUCGCUUGUAUGGGUCACGUCUACAAGGAUGAGGAUGUGUGUGUGGAGGUGCAGAAAGCUUGUCAGUUCCUGUUGGACCGGCAGAUGUCAGACGGAGGCUGGGGGGAGGACUUUGAGUCGUGCGAGCAGCGGUGCUACGUCCAGAGCGACGCAUCUCAGAUCCACAACACCUGCUGGGCUUUGUUAGGCCUCAUGGCUGUCAGGCAUCCAGACGAACGGGCCAUCGAAAGAGGAGCACGGCUGCUGAUUGACAAGCAGCUGCCCAACGGAGACUGGCCACAGGAGAAUAUCGCUGGUGUGUUCAACAAGAGCUGCGCUAUCAGCUACACCUCCUACAGAAACGUCUUUCCAGUGUGGGCCCUCGGCCGCUUCUCUAGUCUUUACCCCGGCAGUCCGCUGGCUGGGAAGGUGAAGCUGUGACGACCUUUCAAAGCUCACAGUUCAUCAGACUGCCGGAAUGAAUGAAUCGAAACGCCCGCGACUCAAACAAACAAACAACAGCCGCAGAUAAAGAAACACACUUAAUUCUUUGAAUAACUUUCUAUGUCGACAUUCCAGGUCCGCUCAUCCGUCAGAGCUACUCUUAGAAAUCUGUUGUGAUAAUCUGCUGCUGUCGAAGACGCCCAGUUAAUGUGGGCUGGUUUAGAAAGUGUAUAAAAGCAUUCAUGUCCACGUUGCCUUAUGUUCGUGCUCCUUCCUCACCAUUUCCAUUUAGAAUAAAGAAUUUUUCUAUUAUCUUAA